AUGAGACUCAGCACUACCGCCUUACAAAACACUGCAAUACGACUACUGCCGAACCGGCAAAUCAGCACCUGGUUUCUACCGAAGUACAAACUGUUUAGUGAAAUCUAUCGCAAAUUUAAACCUUCAUUUUUGAAUCACUACGCUUUCAUAGAUAAUACCAAAACGGUACACUUUUCCAAGACUGAAAACCCGGGGCUUUUAGCGCAAAGAGAUGGUCCAAAUAUACUCGAUCAAAUUUUAAAAGCAUCAUCGAGUGACUCUCGAUACGAGCAACAUGUAGAACCGUUGAUUAACUACAUUGAUCCUGUAAAGUUGCUGAAUGAAGAGCUCGCGUGCGUAUCUAACGGACUCACCAACUUGGAGCUACGAGUUACAAAUGAAGAAGGCAAGGUUGUAUUUAUUGAAACCGAUCUCCUUCGACGGUUAGGCAAACAAGCCUAUGCUCUUGCAUUAAUAAACCAGUUUAAAAUUUUCCAAAACAUGGGAUACUUGUCAAACUCAGAGACAGAUAUAGACUCAGAUAUCACCUGGCUACUAGAUAACAAAAUCAUUUUGGAGUUUAUGAACUUGAAUGGACUAUCGAAAUGUGUCUCGAUGAACAGUGAACUAUUGAUCAAUGAAUAUCUCAACAACACUGAAUUCGAAGACAAAAAACGAGUUGUGCUCAAUGCCACAACGAUCGGAAGCUUUUACACUUUGAUUGGGUUGACUCGUGUCAGACCUCGACCGGGGCUGCAAGACUUGAUGAAUAAAAUAAUCAAUGGUAAACGAGGUGUGUUUAAUAUAUUGAAGCAAAAUGCUUGA